AUGGCUACUAAACUUCUCAACGUCCUUCCCAUCCUCGCUGCAUUCACAGGAAUUCACAGCAUAAUAACUGUGAAUAAAGUGUCAGUGAGGGCAGGAGGCUCCAUCUCUAUCCCAUGUUUCUAUGAUCCACGCUACAAAAACCAUGUAAAAUACUUGUGUAAAGGAGCUGGUUGGUAUGGGUGCACUUAUGAAGUAAAAACCAACCAACCAAGUACCUCAGGAAGGUUUUCAAUCUCUGAUGACAAAAAACAAAGAAUCUUCGCUGUGACCAUUAAUGACCUGACGGCAGCGGACACUGAUUACUGGUGUAUUGUGGAGAUUAAUAACGGGGCAGAUGAUGGACAGAAAUUUCAGCUGUCAGUCUCCACAGGCCUCCCCAGCCUCUAUGUGGACAAGCAGGAGGUAACAGGGUUUAAAGGAGGGAGUGUGACUGUCAGUUGUCGCUCUACUUUCUCUGGACGGAUGAAGUGGUGCAGACUGGGAAGCAUCUGUGUGACGGAGUCUGGAUCCAUCGACAGGACAGCAGUGACCAUCAGCGCCAGUAUUGGAAAUGUUGUCAAUGUGACUAUGAGUGACCUGAGGUUCGAGAGCAGUGGUUGGUACUGGUGUGCCAAAGGAAACCUACAGAUGCCAGUGCAUAUCACUGUUUAUGAGCAAACAACUACAACAACUACAACAACAAUAAGCCCCACCACAACAAAUAUAUCACCUGGCACAGUUGAGGGACAGCAAAGUCCUUCCAAAUACCUGAAGAGUUUCAUCAUCUCCCUGAGCUUGCUGAUCUUCAUUGUAAUGGUGGCCUUAUUUAUUUGGUGGAUGUUGAAAAGACGUCAGCAGGCCGAAAAAAUCGAUUCAUCACCUGCGACAGUGGCUGAACAGGAAAUUACAUACAGUGAUGUGAAGCACAUUAAGAAACCUUCACGCCAGAGGUCAUAUGCUGAGAGCAAUGUUGACGUCCUGUACAGCACUGUGGCUCCAAAGCAAUCAUCACAAAGGGCUGCGCCAAAAGAUCAAAGCAUUAUCUACAGCAACACAGCAGAGUGCCAGAUGUAA